AAAAUAUAUGGAAAACAACUUCGAUACAACGAAACUUCGUUAUAGCGAACACAUUUUGCCAGUCCCUUGGCCCUUCGUUAUAUCGAGGUUUCACUGUAACUGAAAAUGUUUGAAGUAUUGCAUCGCAGUUCUGCAAAGGACGAGGCUAUGUAAGCCAUGAACUAUCUUAUAAACUUGCACGGGACAGAGGUCAAACAGUCAUCCACAGAAUGAGACUUAAGGAUUCAUGGCUGACAUGAUCUUCACGAUCCAAUAGUUGCAUAAUUCAUUUGUUCAUUUAUUGCACAAAGCUUUAUCAGUUUUCCUAAGCUCAUUCUUGUAAUUUCCUUCAUGUUCUCUCUUCACACCAUUACUGUAGAUGUGAAACCUUCCAACAUUCUAGUGAGCACAAGAGGCCAAGUGAAAUUAUGCGACUUUGGUGUUAGUAGACAGCUGGUCAAUUCAAUUGCUACUACUUACGUUGGAACUCACGCAUAUAUGGCGCCUGAGCGCAUACUAGGAGAUGAAUACAGCAUUCGAUCAGAGCUGUGGAGUCUGGGAGUCUCUCUUUUAGAGAUGGCUCUGGGGAGAUUUCCUUACCCAACGGAAAGUCAUGGAGGUGCUGAAACGUUUCUGCCCAUAGCGCUACUUCAGUGCAUCGUACAUGAGAAUCCGCCAUGUUUACCCGAGGAUAAAUUCUCACCAGCGUUUGCGAAUUUCGUAUCUCAAUGGUAAGGUUGUUGUUCCACAUUAUUACAUAAACCUGCUAAAAGUUUACUUUUAAUUAUGUACCUAAGAAUAUUAGCGAGAUUUCAAGGAGUUAAAACCCUGUCUGGCUGCGAGGAAACACACUGCACCUAUCAGUGAAUCUGCGGUGAGGGGGAGAUUUGACAUCAAAUAGCGAAUCUUUUGGCCAUUUCUCUACUCCAGUUCUAUACUUUACGCUUGUUAAAAAGAAGACUAAAACUGAGAACUCCAUAUUUAACAGAGGUGGCCAGUGAUACGUGUUUAUUUCCUGCCUUGCUGGGCGUUUCUUAUUUACCGGCUGUGGAUUAUUCAAUCUCAGUUCUUUUCUGUUUUAUUAUUAUUUCUGUUGUUUUUUAAAGGAAGGUUUAUUACGUUGAUCUUUGACGAAAGGUUAUUAGUAAUAGCGUUUAAAGAGAAUUAAAGAGAAUUCUGUGAGCUUAGC